UCGGUCAUGUGAUCAGCUGUGUCCAAUCACAGCUGAUGACAUCUGUCACACUGACAGCUCUGUGCCCUGAUGAUCAGUGUGCCCUGAUGAUCAGUGUAGCCCAGCAGUGCCACUUGUCAGUGUCGAUCAGUCCCUUGUCUCAGUGGAGUGGUCAUCAGUGCCUCGUGCCAGUGCCCAUCAGUGCCACAUAUCAGUGCCUACCAGUGCACAUCAAUGCCACAUAUCAGUGUCCAUCUGAGCUGCCUUUCAGUGUCACCGAUCAGUGUCUGUCAGUGCCACCUAUCAAUGCCAAUCAGUGCUGCCUAUCAGUGCCAGUCAGU